AUGAAUUUAAUGCGAAAAUUACGAGGAGCUUCUGGCUCUACAUCUUCGGAAACUUCCGAGAGCUUCAACUCUUCAUCACACGUACAACUUGGACUUAUGCACUUAAAGAAGUUGUUCGCAGAAUACACUCACCCAUCUCAGUCGCUCACUGAAAGUGAAAAAGAUGAUAAAUUGUACAACAUGCUACCUCUUUUUUGCAAGGAAAAACUUAAUUUGUUUAACAGGAAAAAAGAUGUAAACAAUGACAAAGUGUUUGGAACCAGUCCUUCAAGUGAAAUGAAUGAAAAAUUCUGGGAUAUUCUAUCAUUUUGUCAACAAGUUUCGAAACUUAUGGUCUCAGAAAUAAGGAAAAGAGCUAGCAAUCAAAGCACUGUCGCAGCAAGUUGCGCUAUCGCAAAGUUUUUAGAAAUAGAGAAUUCAGAGGAAUCUAGUAAUGGAUGGAUGCUACUAUCAACAUUGAAUCUUUUAGCUGCAGGAGAUCAAUCCUUAAUACAGGUGAUGACAACAGCAGCUAUACCAUCAACCUUAGUAAAAUGUCUAUAUUUGUUUUUUGAUCUUCCUGAAAUUCCUGAAGCCGAAGCUGAUGUUCAGGAUGAAAAUAGUGAUUUCACACCUAGAGAAAGAAGAAUCCUUUUACAGAAAAUAUUUGUACAGGUACUUGUAAGGCUAUGCAGCCAUCCAUUUCCAUGCGAAGAACUUGCAAGGAAGGAUGACUUAAGUCUCUUAUUCUCUGCCAUUACUUCUUGGUGUGCACCAUACAACAUUAUGUGGAGGAAAUCUGCUGCUGAAGUGCUGAUGACAUUAUCUAGACAUGGACUGACACAAUCUGUAGUUCAGUAUAUACAUAACAAAGGCUGUGUAGCACUUUGCAUAGAAAAUAUGCAAAGAAUACCAGAGCUGACUCCAUUGGAGGUUGUGGAGAUGUUUGUAGCAGUAUUCUGCUUUCUGAAGGACUCGAGUGAAGUUAGUCAAUUACUUCUUGAUGAUUUUCGAUCUUGUCAAGGAUAUCUAUUUCUAUCGGAAUUUUUACUUAAACAUGAGAGGCAAGAUAUACCUGAUUAUUUGACAUCAGGGUUGGAAGAGGAACGCGUAAGCGGCACAGAGGCCAAAGCUGCUUUAAGAAAUCUCGUGUUGAUGAUCUCGUCGCUUUGCGCCUGUGGUUUCUCUGAGCUACGCCCAACUCGUGCCAAUACCGAACUAUUCCAAUUGCAAGGCUUUGUGUUGCCACAGCCGUCAACGCCCGGUCAAGCUGUUAGGAAUGUGCAAGCUUUUCAGGUUCUACAAUCAGUAUUUAUAAAAUCGACCUCACCAGCACUUUGCUGCACUAUCCUAGAUGCAAUCUCAAGUGUGUAUCAUGCAGAUAAUGCUAACUACUUCAUACUGGAAAAUCAAAAUACCCUAAGCCAAUUCUCAGAAAAAAUUUACACGAAAAAUGCCGAAAUACAAGAGAAGUUCUUUGAACUGUUGGAGUUCAUAGUAUUUCAGUUGAACUUUGUUCCAUGUAAAGAGUUGAUAUCCCUAUCUUUAUUGUUGAAAGCGAAUAAAUCAAGGAGCUGUAGCAUAUUGUGUAUGAAAACUUUGCUGAAUAUUUUAAAGCACAACACGAUUUUCAAAGAUGUAUACCGAGAGGUGGGGAUGCUAGAAGUCUUCGUUACCUGUCUGUCCCGUUACGCAGCUUUUCUUAAAGAUAAGCAAAUACUCGAAGAAGAGAAAAAUAAAAAGGAUGUUGUAGAGACCACCUCGAGUGAAUCUCCCGUAGCGCCCGAGAGAAGAAAAAGAUUGUCCUCUAAACAAGAUUCUUUGAUUAAAGAUCCAAAUUCUGAUGCAGAGGAAGAAGAGUUGGGAGCUUUAGUAAUGGAAGGACUGACAGCGUUAUUAAACGGGAAUACAAAUAAUUGUAACGUGUUUAGAGAUUGCGGGGGUGCAAAGUGUGUUCAUGGUAUGGUGGUUCAUGAAUCUUGUAGAAGUAAGGCUUUAGGUGUGAUAAGGGAGCUAAUUGUAAGCGGAUCAGGCGAAGAGGACAUGUCUGCACUACUGUGCGGAAUGCACGCAGCACCCAACGAUGCGCUGCUACUCAAACUUCAUAUUUUAAAGGCGCUACUCACGUGUCUUCGUGAUUCGCACCGAACUAGAACAAUUUUUAGAAAGGUUAGCGGUUUCGUCUACGUCACGAGCGUCCUCGCAUCUCUUGAGGGUAAACUCAAAAGCGACGAGUUUAUGGAUCGCGAUAUGUUGCAGUUAAUACAUAUUGUCUUUUAUACAAUCAGUACAGCAAUGAGGUUCGAACCAGCUAAUGCUAAAUUUUUCCACCACGAGAUAUGUAUGACUACAUUAUGUGAAACCAUACGACUGUUGGGAUGCUUCACAAAUGAUACUGAAUUAUUGCAUGAUACUGAAAGUGGUGAUCCAGAGUUGUAUGAGGUUUUUCACGAGAUUUUCACGGGAAACAUGCUAGAAAUGACUAACCCUGAGAAAGUGCCAGUUGUUUUUGUCCAUGCUUGUAUAGUGUUGAGGUUAUUGUAUGAUGUUGCAUUGGACUCAUUUGACAAGCCCACAUUUUGUGGAUCUCUAAAUGUGAAAUCGCCAAGUUUGACCAGACAAAGUUCUGCCAUAAAUGAGACGAAGCCAGCGGGACGUGCGGCUCCAUUAAAUCUUUCUGUAGGCAGUCCAUCGGGGGAGGCUUGGGUGGUACAUUCGGGUGUUGUCAUAGUGCUCGCUAAGUUGCUACCGGCACUACCGCGUCCGCAUGAGCAUGAAAACUACGCUAGAGCUAUACGUGAUUAUCUUGCUCAUGUGCUCAAGAGUCUAGUUAGAAGGUAA